AUGGCUUCAAAAACUAGAAAAAACUCGGAAGCAGAAGCUCAAAACCCAUUUUGCCCUGAAGGUGGAGUUUUCAAGCAUGGAUUCUUCAUCAAGUCACCACCUCAUCAUCUUAUCAACUCCAAGAAUUCCUGGAAAAGGCGUUAUUUCAUCCUGUCCAAAUCCAACAAGGGCAAUUACGUCCUGAAGUACCUAAAAGGAAUGUGCAUGAAAGGCUCCAUAGCUGUUGAUCAGAUCAUAAGUGUAGAAAUUGGCAUAAGUAAUUCUGAAAUAAUGGUGAUGGUGAGGAAGAUGUUCAGAUGCUUUCCAGAAGAGGUGAUAUCCAUCACUACUGAAAACCGAUGUUACUACCUCAUUGGGAAGAGCAGGCUGGAAAUAGAGGAUUGGGUCACAGCCAUAUCUUCCAUCAGGGAGGCCAAAAGAGGUGGAUGCUGCCCUCAGAACCAAGAUCUUGCAAAUUCAGAAGUCAAAAGCCGGUCCUUCUCUAUGCCACUGUUUUCAAAUUCUACAGAUAUGAUCGAUUCCCUGGGAAGGCAAAGCUACCUGAUGGAUGAUGGUGCCUCAGAAGAUAAGAACAGGCCAAAUUCAGAUCCUGGCCCUCAUCAGGCUCAGAGCAACUCACCACAAGGAGUUUUUCAAAGACUGGAUAAAACUCUGGGUAAGACUGAGGAAAAUCUGUCAUCAGAUUCAAACGAAGAAAAGGAAGAAGAACCUUAUUACCAAACACCCAGCAGCCUUUUAGCAAAGUGCAAUAGUGAAAUAUCGGAGAUUGAUCCCACAGCUGAGCCUGAUAUCCCUGUACAAGAGAAGCUGUGUCAAAGGCAGCCAGUAAAGGAGAAUGCUUAUGAGUCAAUGAAGUCACUUAGUCUAACGUGUAGACACGACAGGCCCCAUUCUCCUCCCAGAAGCCUGGAAAACAGUGCAAGUCCAAGCAACUUGGAAGCAGACACAGAUGUAAAACUCCCAGAAAGCACCACACAGCAGUCUUUCCUCACACGAAGGCAAAACUCAUCACCACUUUCAGUGGUUCAGCUGUCUAUACUGCUCAGUCAAGUUACAGAUAAGACACAACUGCAAGAAUUGGAUAUUUUGGUCCCCCUGGCAGAUAUUAACAGUUACCUAAAACUUACUGAAGCAGCAGGACAAAUAUGUGUCUCCCAGUGGACUGGUCCUUGCCGACUGGGAUGCUUAUUUAACCAUGGAGACCGUAUAGUGGCUGUGAAUGAUCUGCACCCACAGAACAUGGAGGAGGCUUCCUUGUUCAUCAGCAGGUCCACACAAAAGGAGGUGAAACUUACUGUAUGUAGGAUUCCACAUUCAGAUACCUUCCAUGCUAAAGGCUGUUCAUGUUCCUGAAAAAAGACGUCAAUGACAAAUCAUGAGAGAACAAAGAGGUGAGACAGCCUUAAAGCAACUUCCUGAAACUUUGUGGGAAUCAUUUCUAAGAAGAGAUGAACAAAGAGGAGCUCCAAACCAUGUGUGGUGGUGAGAAGAAAGAAGCCACCAUGCUGGAACUUGCAUAUAACAUUGCUGCUGAAGCAGACUUUGAGUGACACACAGCACCUCUCAGCCAUGGGAGAAUAUUACUUUUGAACAAGAACGGGCUAUGAGUAGAGAGAUCAAGCACAAAAGGAUUCCAGAAUAUUUCAGAAAACCUGAAAAAUAUUUCUGUACUUAUUUAAGCAGUUACUGAAGUGUUACAUCAAUUGAUUAUCAACUGAUGAUCAUCAAAUGAUGAUCAAUUGAUUAUGUCAAUUUGCACAACACUAAAUGCAAAUGGUGAGUGUUUACACAGGGUCUGAUUCACAACACUUGCUAGACAUAUAAUAUGAAAGUUACAUCAGUACAGUAAAUUCUGGUAGGAUGUCUGAAGUUAUCUGUGCAUGUGUAAUUAAUAAAUACAUUACCACUUUACAACACAUACUGCAUUCCCUAACUACCUCACUUUUUCCAAAACGGUCCCUCCUCAUCCACCAAAGACAAUCUGUAACUUCUCAGUAACUUCUAGAUAGGUCACCAAACAAGUCAUGUUAAAAACAAAACAAACAAACAAACUACCCUUCAAAAACAAGAACAACCUUCUGUAACAUUUUUCCCCAGUCUGAAAAUUUUACCCUUCUCCAAAUGAUAAAAUUCUGCUAAAUCACCUCUAGAACCAAUAGCAAAGAAAAAUACCUAUAUCACCCAGCACUCAUAUUUAAUUCCAGAAGACCUGAACAGACUGUCUUUAAGCCCAUGCCAGCUGAUGUGGAACUGCUAAUCUUUUACAAUCACCUGUUGCAUAUUAUAGGUGCUGUGUUAGCAGACACUUAAAGAAGCAGGUAUUGUCAUGACUUCUUGUUGCAGUAAGAUCUGUGCUGUUAAGUACAGCUUCUGGCCUGUGGAGGUUUCCUGACACAGAUGAUUAAAUGGCCACGAGCUGAAAUUCAGUAAACACACAGACUAGCACCUCUUUGUAAAGCACAGCCAGAAGGCUGCAAAUCCUGAACACAUCUUGUAUCACUGGCAACAUAAAGUUACAGGCAUGGAAGAGCUGCAAUACCUGCAAGCUUGAAUUGCUCUGUGCUUUCAAAUGAAGUGUGUAAGAGACAAAAACCAACAGCCUGCAGCACAGACUCCAUGAUCUGUGUUUAAUGAUUAACGUGUUCCUCACCAGCUGUAUUUUAUUCCUGCGUCUUUAGGCUGUUUCCCUGACUGUUAGUUCAUGGCAAGUUCCCAUGCUGCACUCAUUUAUUACUGGCUGCUAAUUUCCUCCUGAAUCCCCAAACAUGAAUCAUGCUCUUUCUACAUCUCUAGUACCUUCUCCAGUAGAAAAGUGGCAACCAUCCAGGAGGAAAGCGAGUCCAGGAAAGAAAUUAACAGGAAGAGAAGUCUCAAAACUGAUGUGAUGAAGUUUCGUUUUGUUUUUUUAAAAAAGCCCAUUAUAUGGAAAGCACAAAACAGACCACAAACCACUCAGCCCCAGCACUUCCUUUGGAGGGCAACAUGACUGAGAACCAGGGUUGGGGUCAUAUACUGAUCAGAGAGCACAAGCACAGCAGCAGAAUGAGUCCAGCCAGGAAGAAGUUCUGUGCUACCUUCCUGCAUUCAUCCCAACCUGAAAUACAGACAAGUUCUCUCGGUACAGUACCCAGCCAUAGCAUAUAGAAAUGGUGUGAUUUUCAGUCCCUUGACCUGGAGUACCCAGCCAGGCAUGUUUGGUGGGUCUGUGCUUUCAGCAAGUAGAAGCAAUAAAGGAGAAAUUGCAAUAGGGAAUAGCAGCGUUACUUUGUACAGAGCAGAAAAGUAGAUUAGUGAUGAUAUGAGCACACCAGGCACCAGUCAGUGUUUUGUCUCCAGUUUUCUGGGUGACCUGUGGUAGUAGAAUCGUAGAGCAGCUUAGGACCUUACAGAUCAUCCAGUUCCACCCUGCCUGCUGUGGGCAGGUUUACCACUCACCAUAUCAGGCUGCCCAGCACUCCAGCCAAACUGGCACUGAGCACCUCCAGAGACUGGGCAUCCACCUCCAGGGUCAGAGCACGUAGCCUCUUACAAUGACAGUGGUCUCCAGUAUCACAUCCAAUGCUGUCAACUGCUCUCACUUCCAGAAUAUCUCCUGGAGACACCUCCACGAGACCAGCAUGAUGCAGAAAGGUAGAGAAAAAGGUCAGAGCCUCACACCAUGGGGAGGUGCUGGGGUGCCCAUUUGAUUCUAAUGGAGAAGCCAACCCUAGUGCCCAACAGGAACAUGAGACAGCACAGUCAUGGGUGAACAAAAGCUGAUGCUCCCACAGGGAGCUCAAUCUUCUUGCGUGCAGCUCCUGCAGAGUUGCAGCAAGCAAACAGAAAUCCUGUAGGUUGGACAACUUUGGCCAGUACUUCAUGCCCUUAAUGGGUAUGAUAAUAUUUACAAGAAUAUUUCCUCCCUGAUGUUCCUUUGGUCAUUUGAAGAAGAGCACGAACUGAAUCCUCAGCAGAAAGCCUUAACCAUAGGCCCAUCUACCUUCAGGUUUGGGAAGCUGACAACAUAAUCUGAAUUGUGCUGAGGGCUGUUUUGGUUUGCUUCUCAGGGAUAGUCAGCCCUCCCCAGUAUGUGCCUUUCCACAGGCAACCCCUUCCCUCCUGCAGGCUGGCCAGUAGGCUGCAAAGACCUUGGAGCAUCUCAGGCCAUACCUAGAAAUGCCACUGGAAUUUCAAAUGUUCCCUUUGGUGCCUUAUCAUUUUCUAAUUUAUUGCAUCAUUAAAAGAAAGUGAGAGGGCAGCCAAGGUUGAUGUGAAUCUUUCACUCAGCAAAAGCACCUAAAGAGAAAUUGUAUCUCUGUCUGACAGCAGUGAGGAUGCUAAGCAGAAGUUUUUUUUACAGUGUCUCACCCUUCCCACAUUGAAAUGACAGCUGGAGCUCUUCUUCAGGCACAAAGCCACUGUUGUACAGCAGGACUGUACUUACAGUGGCAAGAGCCUGGUCAUGUUGGGUUUUUCAUCCUGGGGUGUCCAAGUUCAAGUCUACACCUGAGAGCUGGUUUCCUUUAUAACCUGGCAAGGGAGAGUAAAGAAGUUCAGAUGCGAGCAGGAGCACUAAGACAUGGCUAGCAGUAGUGCUGACCUCAUGGCUUAAAAUGUCAUGUCUGUUACUGUAUUGUAAACAUUGCUUCAGAGCCACAGGUUCCCAGAGCAGGGUUUUCUACCCCAAAGAGCUCAGCAUCUCUUCCACCAAGGCAAAACAUCUGCAUUGGUGCAGAGCUUAUAUCUGCAGGGUUCCCCAGACUCUCCUUGGUUUGAUUCAUUUCCAGACAAAAUGGGGUUGAAAAUAUCUGCCUUUGUGUGUGCUCCAGUUAACCAGAUCUACCUGAAAAUCCAAAGCAUCCACAUGAGCAUAAAGGAUGCUGCUGUCUCUUCCCACUUGAAAAAAAAAAAAAAAAAAAAAAAAUUGAC